CCCGGGCGGAGAGCAGCCGAGAUGAGCGCGCCGGGGAGGGCGCGGCGGGAGCGGGGCAGCCUGGCCGAGUACGAGACGCAGGUGAAAGAAAUGCGCUGGCAGAUGGGCGAGCAGGUCCGGGGCCUGGACUCUCAGGCGGAGAGUCGCCAGCAGCUGCUUCAAGAUGUGGCGGACUUCCUGCGCCGGAAGGCCGAGGUGGAGCAGGAGUAUUCCCGAGGGCUGGAGAAACUCUCUGAACGCUUCUCCGCCAAGAUCCGCGGCUCCAAGGAGCAUCAGAACUUCAGGAACGACCAGAACCUCCCAUCUCCCUUGAACUGCUGGUACACGAUCCUCAACCAAACGCGACAGGCGAGCCGGGACCAUGGCGCCUUGAGUGAAAUCUACACGGGCCACCUGGCGCUGAGGCUGGUGCACAUCAGCGACGACGUGGGGCGCCUGGCCAGGAAGAGCAAAGAGAUAGAACAGCAGAUGCAGGAUGAGCUGCUGAAGGCCAUUUCAGAGUUGCAGAUGGCCAUGAAGACCUAUCAAACCUAUCGCAUAGACUGCCUGAACGCCGAGGCCAAGUUGCGCGAGGUGGAGCGCCAGGAGGAGAAACGGAGCGGGGGGAAGCACCUUGACUCUGGAGGGUCUCCUGGAGGGGCGGCACUCGACAAGACACCCCGACGCUCCUCGCUCCGGAAGGUGGAGCGGCUGCUGGAAAAGAGACAGUCCAAGUUCCUGGAGAGCAAGCUGAAGUGUGCCAAGGCCCGGAACGACUAUCUGCUGAGCUUGCAUGCCGCCAACGCAGCCACCAGCAACUAUUACGUCCGGGAUGUCAGCGACCUUCUAGACUGUUUCGAUCUGGGCUUCCACCUUUCCUUGGGCAAAGUGCUGAAGACAUACCUGGCAGCAGAGUCCCGUGCCCAGGCCUCUUGGCAGCAAGGCCUCUGCACCAUCGAGGGAGCAGUGGAUGCCCUGGACUCGCUGGCGGAUAAAUCUCGCUUAAUGGAGGCCAAUCCUGCCGCCUAUUGCCCUCCGCUCUGCUUUGACUACCAGCCCCACGAAGGUGACGAGGUGUCCACCGUCCGAGCCGAAGGUCCACUGAGAAACGAGCUGGUUUCCCGCUUCCAGCAUAUCCAGUCUCGCCUCAAUGCCAUCACCCUGGAGACGGAUGAGGUGAACAAAACCCUCAAGGCCACUCUCCAGAGCCUGGUAGACCUGUUGGCAGCGGAGGAACCAGAGAUGCUGGACGCCUUCCAAGGUUGUCAGUCCACGGAGUCGCUCAAGUCUACUGGCUCCGAUGCCGGCGGGAAGCAAGCGCUGGCAAAACGCCGGGCCAACCAGCAGGAGACAGAGAGCUUCUACAUCAUGAAGUUCAAAGAAUAUCUGUCUGGCCGGAGCAUUCAAGCGAAACUGCAAGCGAAGCAUGACCAGAUGAAGGAAGCCAUAGAGAAGGGUGCCGCGGUGGAUCGAGAGCUGGCCAGGCCACAGUCCCAGCGCAUCCGGCGUUCCCGCCCUCCCUCCUGCUACCAUCACAAGCUCUUCGAGGGGGACCUGCAGGCCUUUGUGGAGGGCUCAGGUCAGGCCGUCCCGUUGGUGGUGGAGAGCUGCAUUCGUUUCAUCAACCUCCAUGGGCUCCAGCACGAAGGGAUUUUUCGGGUGCCAGGGUCUCAAGCUCAGGUGUCUGAGAUCCGGAAUGCUUUUGAGAAAGGUGAGGAUCCAUUGGCUGACGGCUUCAUGCAACAUGACUUGGAUUCCGUGGCAGGAGUGCUGAAGUUGUAUUUCCGGGGACUGGAGAAACCCCUCUUUCCCAGCGACAUUGUUCCAGAGCUGCUGGCCACAGCCCAAUUGGAAUCUUUGGCCGAGCGAAUCUGCCACCUUCGAGCUCUCGUUUCCCGGCUCCCGGCCGCCGUGUUGGUGGUUUUGCGUUACCUCUUCGCUUUCCUCAACCACUUAUCUCAGUACAGCGACGAGAACAUGAUGGACCCGCACAACCUAGCCGUGUGCUUCGGCCCCACCCUGGUGACGGUCCCUGCUGGCCAGGACGCCGUGUCGGUGCAGCCUCACAUCAACGAGGUGGUGAAGUGCCUGAUCGUACACCACGAGGCCGUCUUUCCUGGAACCAGCCAGCUAUCCGGCCCUCAGUAUGAGAAAGUCAUGGCCUUGGUCGAGGAGGAGUACUGUGACAUCUUACCCCUGGAAGCCACCGCAGAGGAGCCUGAGAUGGAGAGGACCCCUGAAACGCCAGCUAGUGAAGACGAGUGUGACUCCCAAUCCGACUCCGUGCCCCGCUCAGGCUCCAUAGCUCAGCAGGAAGAUCGGUUUGUGCCUCCGCGAACGGUGGCCGGUGGCUGGUGGCGAGGCGAGCGCGGGGGCAACCGGGGGCUGGUGCCUCCCAUUACCUUACCCAACAGCGAGAAACAAUCUAGCCCCCGGAGCUCCAAACUGGAGAUUGACACCGUCCUGUCCCUCGAUGACCCUCAUUCUGAAACUUCUAGCAGGCUGCGGGUGAAUUCCGAUGCAAGCGUCGGGGGUCGUCAGCGCGGGGGGAGCAGCCCCAUCCGCAAGCUGGCAUCGCCAUUCAUGGACGGGGGCCGCCUACCCUUCCCCCUGCAACCCGUCCAGCCCAGGAUCUUCCACCCCACUGAAAGGCCAGAAGUUUCCCCACGGCCCUGGUGUGGCAACAACUCUGAGAAGCAAGGGCUGAUGGACAAACGGGUGGAAGUUGAUAAGGAUGUCGCCAGGAACAUGGAUUCUGUAUUCAAGGAACUUCUCGGGAAAACGACCUUAAAGCACAUGGGAACCGAAGACCCCUUCGGCCCUCCGGAGCCUCCGGACCCCUCCAAGGGCAAUUUCGUGGACAAGAAGGGAACCCCAGCCAAGCAGGGCUCUUCGAACAGGGCGCUUCUGCGGGGCCGGGGAGUCUUCAAGUCAACAGGGAACAGAGAGUGA